AUGCCGUGGGUGAUCGAGCAAAAGGCGCAGAUGUGUUCCUCUGGUGACUCCAUAUAUCUCUCUCCAGCACGAAGUGAAGAGACUGUGCGUCCCCCAGCGCCCCCAACGGUAUUUCAUUUUCUAUGCUCAGAGGAGGAGAAACUGGGUCCCAUAGAAAGCGGAGCGCCCAGGCCCCCGUGCAGUGCAGUGGCACUGAAGGGGGCGGCGGAGAUAUGCAUCUGCUCUGUCAUGAAGGUCUGUCUGAUAAAGACCUCAGUGUUGGUGAAUUCGAUCCACUUAACACCCGAGGAACAGCAGCAGCGGGCAAAGAAAAGUUCUCAGGUGUAUGAGCAGGUGUAUGAGCUGCAGGCGGGCAGGGUAUCCGCUGGCCGCUGGGUGCACAGCACCACCGAACGCAUCCCCUGCGCAGCUCCAAGCUUCGCUCCAAGGUACGGGCAACGGCUAUAUCUUGAAGAGGAGAUUGAGCCGCAGGAGGAUAAACUUCUAAGAAAAGGCAAAGCUCAGCCGUCAGCUAGAGCCUUUGGGGGCAAUCUGGUGUUGGUGGUGUUGGCGGUGAAGAUGAAGAAAAAUGAUGGCUGUUGGUGCGUUUUCUCCGCGACGGAGUUGGGUGGUUUGCGGAGUCUUUUGAAGAGUGAGCGGCUGAUGAGUGGUAGUAGUGGGUUUGUGUGCUGCAGACUGAAGAAAACUCAAGAAGAAGACGGCCAAGGAAGCUCAACAAGAGGCUCUCGAGCAGGCAUCGAUGGCCAUAGGCAAGUGCCUUACUAG